AUGGAGGGCCGUAUGCAGCGGCACUGCCUGCACUUCGUGCCCAAGUGCAACCCUCGGGAGCCCCUGAGACACGCCGCAAGCUUGGAAUAUCUUGAAUUCACUGAAAAGUUGGCUGAGCUGGCUGACGUCCCAAGCCUGCCUUUGAUGUCGGUUCAGGAGCGCAUCAACAUCACUUUCCGGUGGGUGCGUGCCCAUCGGCUGCGCUGCCCUCUGCGCCGCAGGAGGAGAACAGCUCUUCCGGCCACGUUGCCGCGGCCCGAGAUGCGUUGGGGCUUCCGUCAAGGCGGUUCGGCAGCCCUCGAAGCGCCACGACUUCGAAGGAUAACUUUGGGGACGAUAGUGAUCGGAAGGGCUCCAACCUUGCGAAAGGCCGCAGCCCCAAUGGCUCUUGGACCUACAGCCACCCAAAGCCCUGAGGCUUGA